AUGGCAGGCGCUGCCUGCUCCUCUCUUCUUGUCCGCCGUCGUCCCGCCGACCUCUCUUCCAUCCUCCGAUCGGCCUUCCGCGCCUUCUCUGCUCAUGCCAACGCACCCGCCUCCACCGGUCUGGACACCAUCUGUGCCGUCCAAUGCGCCAUCCUCUCCGAAUCCGACCCCGACCGCAUCGCCGAUCUCUUCCAAUCCGCUGCGCACCUUCCCCACUUCUACGCUCGCGGUCACCGCCGCAUCUUCUUCCUCACUGUCGACAAGCUCGCCCGCGCCAACCGCCCUGACCUCGUCGACCGCCUUCUGUCCCCGCUCCUAUCCGACGUCAAGUGUCCCCAAAGCGAGGGUUUUAUCAUCCGCCUCAUCUCUCUCUACUCUUCUGCGGGCAUGCUCGAUCACGCCAAAGCCACCUUCAAUCGUAUCCCUCAUCUCCUUGGUCGGUCCGGCUCCGACAAAUCCCUAUCUGCCCUCCUUUUCGGUUACUACCGCAAUCGUCGGUUUGACCUCGUCAUCAAGACCUUUAACCAUGCACCAAAGCAGCUGGGCGUCGUUCCUGGAAUAGGCUCAUAUAAUGUCCUCCUUCAGACAUUGCGCCAAAAAAAUGAUCUUGAAACUGCACGCAAUGUGAUUGAUGGAAUGGCUGAGAAAGGAAUUACCCCGGAUAUCAUCUCUUUCAAUACUCUUUUGAGCGGCUACUUAAAAAAUGGAGAAGAUGAUCGAUUUGAUGAAAUUCUUGAGCAAAUCUCGAGUGCGGGAUUGGAGCCUAAUGUUGUUACCUGCAAUUGUAGGAUAUCCAAGUUCUGUCGAAAUUCAGAGACGUCCAAGGCACAGGAGUUACUGGAUCUGAUGGUUUCCAAGGGUAUCCACCCGAACUUCAUAACUUUUAGGACCAUAAUUAGUGGAUACUUGGCAGAAGGAGAUCGAUAUGCUGCAUUGGAGGUGCACAAGAGGAUGGAGGUCAUGAAGAGGACGAACGAGAGUAAGGGAGUGUCACCUAAUGCAUAUAUUAGUAAGUGCUUAAAUUGGCUUUAUUAUUGCAUGUUUGGUUCAAGUAUUCUUAUGUCUAGGAAUGAAUUUGGAACAAAUAUUUGUUCUCUUGGAAUUCUUGUUCCUUAA